GCCUCCGCCUCUCACUCUCACUCUCUCCACCACGCACUCGCCGUGCUCCCUGUGCUUGUUCCUCGCUGCGCGCUCAACUCUGGAGCGGCUCUCCCAAACACACACUAUCUGACGUCGUGAAGCUGCGCAAACAUGGGGAUCGUGGAGAAGAUCAAGGAAAUCGAGGAGGAGAUGGCGAGGACGCAGAAGAAUAAGGCAACAGAAUAUCACCUUGGUCUUCUGAAGGCGAAGCUCGCUCGCUACCGCGCACAGCUCCUCGAACCUACCUCCAAGUCCGGCGGUGCAGGAACAGGCUUUGAUGUCCAGAAGUCCGGAGAUGCUCGAGUCGCACUUAUCGGCUUCCCUUCAGUGGGCAAGUCAACGCUGCUCAGCAAGUGCACACACACGCAGUCGGAGACGGCCGCCUACGAGUUCACCACACUCACAGCAAUCCCCGGUGUUAUUGAGCACCAAGGCGCGCGCAUACAGUUGCUAGAUCUUCCGGGAAUCGUCGAGGGAGCUAGUGAAGGUCGCGGUCGCGGCCGGCAAGUCGUCGCGACCGCCAAAACUGCCGAUCUCAUUCUCAUCAUGCUUGACGCGACAAAGUCGGAGGAGCAACGGCGCCUGCUCGAGAUCGAGUUGGACGCCGUCGGCAUCCGGCUGAAUAAGAAAAAGCCCGAUGUCGUCUUCAAGCGCAAGACCACCGGAGGUAUUACGAUCAACAAGACGGUGCCCUUGACCAAGACCGACGAGAAGACCAUCCGGACUAUCUUGGCUGGCUACAAGCUGCACAACUGCGACAUAAUGAUCCGGGAAGACAUCACAACCGACGAAUUCAUCGAUGUGCUGAUAGGAACACGGAAAUAUAUGCCAUGUCUGUAUGUCUAUAACAAGAUUGACGCUAUCAGCCUCGAGCAGAUGGACAAACUCGCCCGGGAAGACCACACGGUCGUGAUUAGUUGCGAGCUUGGGCUGAACCUAGACUAUCUCAUCGAGAAGAUUUGGGAGGAGCUUGACCUCGUGAAGGUGUACACCAAGAAACGGGGCGUCCACCCGGAUCUGGAUGAUCCCGUCUGCAUGCGAAAGGGGGCUACGGUCGAGAGCGUCUGCAACGGCAUUCAUCGGUCGCUGGCGACGAACUUCCGAUACGCUCUAGUUUGGGGCAAGUCAUCGAAGUUCAACCCGCAUGCGCAGAAAGUGAGCCUGCAUCAUCACGUCCAGGACGAGGACGUAGUGUCAAUCUUCACGAAAUGACAGGAUGUCGGCGGCACGAAGAAGUAUUUGUGGAGAUGUAUCAAUCCGUACUGUAUCCGGCUGGGGCGAUGCUUGCCGACCACCGUGCGUGUACUUGUGCGAUAAGUGGAAUACACAGCUUCGA